CAAUGGCUUGGAAGAGGUUAUCUUGUCUCGCAUUUACCGUUGUAAUCUGCGUCAUAACUGAUAUACUUAUAUCACGAAAAGUCAUACGGAUAUCUAUGUCAAAUUACAGAGAACGACAACAUAUGAACUAUACAGGGCCACACGUCCAGGCAACGACCAAUGGAACAAACGGAACCUGGUCUCAACGGCUUGAAACAGCACUAACCCCAAGGCCGAAUCCCAAGCGGUAUCUGACAGAGAGAGAACUACUCGCUGAUGGUUCAUUCUUGCAUACCAAGGACAUGGCGGAUGCUCUAUUUUCUACUGUAAACAUCAUUGGUGACAGGUCAUCAUUCUCUCUGGGUGAAAUCAUCAAAGUACAAAUUGACUUACUCAAGGGUGAGAAUGAUCGAAAACAUAUUGGAGGGGAUUAUGUCAGAUUAUGGAUGGAAGAUAAAACAAACGGUGCCUUUGUUUCGGGUGACGUUAUUGACCAUGGGAACGGAAGUUACACUGGUGUUCUGAAGGCAUUGUGGGUAGGGCAGGCCAACAUCCGGGUGUUUCUAGCGGGGACAAGAGAGGAGAUUCUCCUUUAUUAUAAACUGUACAGGUUGUACUCCAGUAUUUGGACCAUAAACGCAGGAUUUGGAGCUGGGGAAGUGUCAGAAAGGACGCACUGUUCCACUUCGGCAUUUGACGGUGACCAGUGCAAUAUGACGUCAUGGAAUGGAGGUUUACCCUGGUUCUGUAAGAAACCAUCAACUGAACACCUGGGAUGCGACACCUGGCGGACAACUUCGUCUAAAGUGAGGGCAGAUUUCUACCUGGAUUCAAAAGAAAAGGACAUUUAUGAAAUGUGAGUCCCAUGCACACUGUUAUGAGAGAGUGUUUUUUGUAAUCUGUAUUAUCAUUGAUUAGGUAAUAUUUAUUAUGGGUCACAAUGUUUAAAGUUUUGAGUGUGGGUUUUGGCUCGCAUCUCGCAUCACAUAUGUU